CUGUAUAAUAAUAAUAAUAGUAAUUUAUACGCAUUUAGCCCAGGUUCACAUAUGUGCGCGAUCGGACCCUGCAUUUACUAUAUCCGCUCUCCCCGGACCCUGCAUUCACUAUAUCCGGUCUCCCCGGACCCUGCAUUCACUAUAUCCGCUCUCCCCGGACCCUGCAUUCACUAUAUCUGGUCUCCCCGGACCCUGCAUUCACUAUAUCCGGUCUCCCCGGACUCUGCAUUUACUAUAUUUGGUCUCCCCGGACCCUGCAUUCACUAUAUCCACUCUCCCCGGACCCUGCAUUCACUAUAUCCGAUCUCCAGACCCUGCAUUCACUAUAUCCGGUCUCCCCGGACCCUGCAUUCACUAUAUCUGGUCUCCCCGGACCCUGCAUUCACUAUAUCCGAUCUC